CGUGGGAUCUUUCAUAUUUAAAGUAAACCAACGAACCCUGCGUUUUGGCAAAUUCCUUAAAUUCCAAUUCUUCUUGUUACAAGUCUUCAUAGUCCGCUUUCAUGGUACUUUUGCUCUUAUAAUAAGCUGUUUAUACAAACUCUAGACGUUUUACUGUGGAUAAAUAUCAACUUUUUAGGCGACUAUUGAAUAUAACGGAAAAUAUGAAUACGGCUAGCGGUAAUGUCAGUACUACCUUACAGGAUCAUGAAAGAUUAAACAAAUUACUUGAAAUAAAUAGUCAUUUAUUAUGGAGAUGUGCCGAAUUACAUCAAAUAAAAAAGAUGUACGCUAGUGAUUCAGACGUACAGAGUAGAAUGGCUAUUAUGCUUACAAGAUACAUGCGGCGCAUUAAAGAUAAUCUUGCAUUCUUGGCAUCUUUGGCCUCUGGGCGGCAAACUCAAGCAGUACCUCCCUUAACAUGUCCUGAAGGCAUGCCUUACUUAGAACCUCAUUAUGAAGACCUUCGACAGAUGUUCCAGAAGUUGCAACCCAAAACACCUGCAUAUGCAAUGCAAAAUACUGACUUGAAUCCUCAAAACACAUUUUAUAGUCAUUCAAAUUCAACCAGUUCGGAUAAUUCUUUUAUGAAUAAAUCUUUUGAUAAUGGGAUGAAUCCUAAUGGACAACAUGCAUCGCCGGCAGUCGUGAAUACCUUACGGUCGCAACAAGAUUUAAUGAACCCUUAUAAUUCAUACCCACAAAACCAUUAUGCUAUAAUGAAUCCUAUGAUGUCGCGAAACUCUACAGACAUGCACCCUCCUGUGUCAGGUAUAAAGACUACUCCUGAUAACGUUCAACUUAACAAUGCUCCGCAAAACAUGUACAGUCAAGAUAUAUAUCCUAAUGUUCAACAAAGAAUACCUGACUCUGGUCAACGACAUGUUCCAGUGUUCAAUCAGUUCCAACAGAACAUUUACCCAAAAUAAAAGUCAUGUAUCAGAACGUAGUGUCUUCUUGUCUUCUUACUGUCUUGUUGGGUUAGGUUUCGCCUGCAUAUAUUUCUGGUAUUGCCAAUCUUGACUUUUCCAUCAUGCGAAAUGUUCCAGUGUUUGCUAUUUAUAAAUUCAAGUGAGAAGUGAUUUGGAUUUAUAUUCGAGAUAUAUAGUCAAAAAAGAUAGGGAGUGAGAAACUGUCCAUGCAAAAAAUAAUGAGUAGAAUAAAAAGCCUACGGCAUUUCGGGCCUUAUUUUAUGUUCGAUGAUACUGAAUACUGACUUUGGGCUAAUUUACUCUUAUUGCAAUGAUCAAAUGUCAAGACAUUGUCAUAAGAAAAUAUGUAAUAAAAAGGAUACUGUUGGUAAGGGACAUGGAAUGCGAAUUUACUAACAAAUUUCAAAGUUUGUUAAGUCCCUCGAAAAUUUAAUAAUAACAAGCAAUAAGAGACCCUAGCUAUUUGACAAAAUACAGUAACUCUUGGCGGACACUAUUUCUUCUCUGUUAUUUUGGUGUACUAAUUUGCAUAUUUUGAAAGGGGCUCAAAUUACUAUCUGGAAACUCCAUUAAAAGUCUAAUGGCGUAACAAACUAACUUAAAUCUACAAAUCUCCUUAAUAAAUGCCUGUGGUUCUUUCUUCUCGUGCGUUCCGCCAUAUCCCUGCAAGUCAAGCAUCAGCAGGAAAGUUCUGUCCGUCGAUAAGUGGGACUCGUUUUGCAUCCUCAAAAAGCAUUGUUUACAAUGUUUUAAGAUGUCUAUACUGAGGCUCUUUUCUUGUUUAUCUUGGAAUUAACCGUUUCUUUUUUUUUCAAUAUUAAAAUAGUGUCGAUAUAAAUAAUUUCAACGUGCUGAACUUUUCCAUCCAAAUUUCUAUUUUUUUCCCACGUUCUCUACGUCUUUUACUAUGCUACGAAAUCCCCACUGAACUUUCGAAUUCUUGAAAUCUUCCAGUUUCUCAGGAAAUUGAGAUUUACCAUCUCGUAGAAAUGCCUCUUUCUCGAGUUAAGACGCCAGUUUUUUGUAAAGGUUGAUUAGAGCUGCGAAAGAAUCAUCAAAUGAUGGACCAAGUCCAAACGGGCUUUCUGACAAAUUAUGGUUCCUUUGUCGAACAGCUCAUCGCGGUGAUAAGAUGAAGCAUUGGUAGACUAUAGCAACUUCUUGGUAUAUGAGAACAUUGACAAAAAUUACAUAGGCUAACGGUUUUUUGCUAUAAAUUACUGUUAGCUAGUCUCCUCGUAAAUAACGAUUGAAGUUUACGAUACAUUGUACUGACUAAUCCACUGUCGAAGGUGUAUACUAGUACAACGUAAUACAGCUUUAGCACAAGUUUGAUAAAAGAACGGUUAGACAUUACAGUGUCUUGACGACGUUCUUAGAAUGCACGAUAUAUACUAGAAAGCCAUGAAGUUUAAAAACUUGCCGAAACAUAAAUAUAGCGAGUGCUUUCCAUUCCUGCACUUGGCUGCUGCUCCUGCUUGGUAUGUUGUCCUGUAUAGAUGAAAUUUUUCCACAAACUCUUCAUCAAAGACAUAAUACAUGUAAGCAUAUUUACUAUGGAAUCGAAUCCUCUUUAAGAAACACAAAUUGGAAUGGUUAUCAUGGCUAGGAAUAUAAAAACAAGAAUGUUUGCAGCCCAAUAACUACCUAAAUUGUGAUCCAUUGAACGCGCGCUAAACUCAUGUCUCCAUUAGUUGCAAUAACUUGCAACCGUCGCAGCGGCGAAAGUACUUGGCACCAGUGUCCAAUAAGUAAUAAUAAAUCAACAGGAAUAAACCUGGAAAUUUUUUAUAAUUACUAAUAAAUAGUGAAAACUCCACCAAGCGAAGAACUGGUGUUUAAUGAUGCAACCGAGGUUGACGUACACAUCUUUUCGACAAUAUCUGAACUUCUUAUUGAAUAACACUCGGACAAAAUUGCUGAAAUCGACGUGAUAAUGCGAGAUUGAUAUAAUUCUGUAGCAAAAAAACCAAUUUCUUGGACUCGAUGGAUCAUCAGGACCAGCCCAAGAAACAAGGUACUUAAUAUUUUCUAUUGGUAAAUAUAGAAUAAACAAUAGAUAAUUGAUUAUUGGUAAUAAUCCCUCGAGUCGCUAAAAUUUCGCCAUCUAGCAAUAGAAAGCAAUUUAUUCCCAUAGCCUCAUCAUCAUAUACAAACCCGCUUCUUACUUUGUUCGCUAAGUCCGUCUCUUAAAACUCUUGGAUUUCGUUUCUUUGGAACUUGUAUACUAUGUAGCAGUUCAGGUAGUGUUGUCAAAAGUCAUUAUUAUGCUUUAUUAAAAGGGGAGACUCCAUCAAAAAUUACUUAUUUAAAGUGUUUCAGAACCGUUUCUUUGUUUUUGUCUUUUCUUUAUUUUUUUCUGAAUUUUCUAGGUAUUUGGUAAACGAAACAGUAAAAAAAAAAAAAAAAGGCCCGCUGUAUUAUUUAUGGGAGAGCCCGACCCGUACAGUUUAUCAUAUAUCGUGGAAUAUAUAAAUAUAUAUAGUUUGAUUUUCC